CAAAGUGAAAUGCGUGUGAAGGCUCUUCUGUACACAGUUUCUCUGCAUACCAUUUGUCUAACUUGCCCUUCCUCCUCCCAGCUCUGGGACCGUGUGAAAACAGAGACCUGCACAGGAGUGAAGACAUGCAGCACAAAGUGAACUUUACCUUGCUGGAUCAUAAAUAGAAGCUGUGGUUUCCUGGAGCGGCUGUGGAUCCUGUAGGAAGGAGGGAUGAGGCUUAACACAUCUGAAGCAUUUUGUUUUCCUACCAGUUGUAAAAAACACUGAGCCUUUUGCUCCAUCAGAGGGGGACUUCUGGGACCUGCAGUCUUGGUCUCCCAUUAGCUGGAACGGAUCUGCCAGUUUGCUGCUGGUGAGGAUGUGGAAGCGAGGGACUUCAGGGGUCUGAGGAUAAUGCCAUGCAGUUGAUGGUUUUGCUGCUUGUGCCAUGCUAAGAGGCAGUUCACCUCUCGCGAGUGUGUUUUUUUGUUCUGUGUGUCUGCUGGUGGCGCUCAGCCAAAGAGCAACUACCCCCAGAAAAAGAGGCUGCAUCCGAGACAUUACCCAUCAGGUGUCUACACUUAUGAAUUGCUCUUCAAUGCAGGAAUUGGAGGACCUUAAGCUCUACACACCAAAUCGUACCAGCUAUGAGCAAUGUCCUCGUGCUACCUUUACAUGCUUCAGAGAUGAGCUGAGCGUCAUAUCGAAUGAGUUGGUGAUCUAUGGCCUGGGCAAUAAUCGAACAAAGAGUAUCCUAAAAAGGAUGUCGUUCCUGCUCCUACAGCACAAUAAGCCGGAAUCAGGUUGCUUGCAGUGUGAACUCUUCGAGCAGAAAGAUGUAAGGAAGUUCCUUGGAGCACUUUUAAAUAUUCUUCAAAUGGUGAAUAGUGAGAAAUGCAAAAGGGAGAAUAUCCAGGUUGCCCAAAGAACAACUUUUUCGGAAGGAGACUUUUAACAAAGACAACCUGCCUGAUGAACAAGUCCUUCGGUGUGUUCGAUCUGGAACAAGAGGUCAAAAUAGAGGUUUGGGCCAUGAAUGUUCUAGUUCUGUUUGUUUCCGAGGCCGUACCAACUGAGUGCUCAGUGGAUGUUCUGGAGGGACCAGUGACCAGCAGAAGAUCGGUCGGCAUGUUAAAGGUUCUCCCAUGCGACUCGUUGACAGAGCAGAAUCGGAUGAGAAAGUUGGAUAGAGAUUCUCUGGAGCCAAUCAUGGAUCAGAUCUAAAGAACUACUUUAUCUCCAAAAUGUGAGCAACACAACUUUGUACAAUGAAAAAACACAGAUUGCUCAAUCCUGACAUGCUUCCAACAUGUUGUGGUUUCCAGGGUGACCCUGACUUUCCUAUGGGAGUUAAAUGAAUAACAGGGUGGGUGGGAAUAUGGGAGAGGCUAACAGAUCGCUGUCUGUACCACAGCUGGGAAAUAAACAUACCGAAUAUCUUUUGUUUCCAAAGAAAUGCUGUUUCUAAUAAAAACCUCUUUAAAAGUCGUCCCCUGUUGUUCUGGGUCUGACUGGAAUGUUUUUAUACCGGUAUAUGUUUUAUUUUCUUGACUUUCCUUGUUUGAAUCAUCCCAAAAGUAUCUUGUAUAUUUUAGCUGGUAUUAGAAUGCUACAACUAAAACUACAGGAAUUACUUUCCAUAAGUACCUCCUAAUUUAAAGUAUGGCACUGUAAAAGUACCUACAUAAGUAACAUGUAACCCUAAAAACACCCAUAUACCCCAGCCUAUAACCUUGCUAUUACUCUCUAGUAACACAUGGUCUUAGUUUCCCAUCAGUUAUGAAUGCAGGCAUAGAUCUCAGCUUUUUGACAUGAGACAAAUUCCUGUUUUAAACCCGUUUUAUAGAACUGGCAGCUACG